AUGGCAAAGAUCUCCUUAUUGCUUUUCGUCAUGGCCCUUGUUGCCUCUCUCCACGCUUAUGAAGCUCACCGCAUGGGAAAAUUCGAUGAAGCGCUUGAAAAGGACUUGCACAAAGCCGAGGCCCUGAUCGAGGAAGACUUAAAGGCCACGAAAACGAGCAUUCAAGGUUUGACAUCAGAGAUGAAAGCCUUGAGCAAAUCUGAAGAGAUGUUAAAUCAACUUGGAAAAGACUACAAAAAGGAUAUGGAUGUAGCUCCUUAUGGAAAGAAACUCAGAACAUUCAGCAGGGCAGCUAAAAAUGCCACAAAAGCACCACCUGCGAAAAGCAAGAAACCUGCAUCCGUAAUCCAAACGAUCUUGAAGGAUUUUGGGCUAAACGGAGGGAAGGAAUGA